GUAGAACUAAUUGUUGGACAACCUUAUCGAAACAUGCUUGCUUUUGCAUCUACACGCUCAUAUUUCUUUCUUGGAGAUUCGUUGAGGAAAUUGUCAGUAUCUAGGAUUGCUGGAUUCCACAAAACCGCUUGGCUCAGAAGUAGAUCUGAGGGUGAAAGUGGUCCACUUACCCUUUCAAGUCUUGGGUUGAAAUGUGAAGUUGAUUCCAGGAAGAAAGAUAAUUUUGUUGAUCUUGGCAGUUUGAAUUCAGCGACAAAAAUUUCUUCAGGUAGAGUUAAAGCAGUCAGGAAUAGCUUGUCUAAGGCAGUGGGAACAAAAAAUACUCUAAAAAUAGAUGAAGCCCUCUUCUCUGCCAAGACAUUUGGUGAGCUUGGACUGUCACCUCUGCUGAUUGAUCGGUUAGAGAAAGAAGGUCUGACUGUUCCAACUGAUGUGCAGUCUGCUGCUAUUCCUACCAUUUUACAGAAACAUGAUGUUGUCGUUCAGUCGUAUACUGGAUCUGGAAAGACGCUGGCUUACCUUCUCCCCAUACUCUCUGAGGUAGGCCCACUGAAGAAGCCUGUGGAUGGAAACCUUUCUGACCUGAAGCCAGGCAUAGAAGCAGUCAUCAUUGCUCCUUCAAGGGAGCUAGGAAUGCAGAUAGUAAGAGAGGUGGAGAAACUGUUGGGCCCUGCAGAUAAGAAGCUUGUUCAGCAACUUGUUGGGGGUGCAAACCGUUCGAGACAAGAAGAAGCUCUGAAGAAGAAUAAGCCUGCCAUUAUUGUUGGGACACCAGGGCGUAUUGCAGAGGUCUCAGCAGCUGGGAAGCUUCGUACGCAUGGCUGUCGUUUCCUGGUACUCGAUGAAGUUGACCAACUUUUAUCAUUCAAUUACCGGGAGGAUAUGCACAGAAUACUGGAGCAUGUUGGCAGGAGGUCUAGUGCUAAACCAACUGAUAUACUAGGCCCACUUGCCAGGCGGUCUGAACGGCAGACGAUCCUGGUGUCAGCAACAGUACCAUUUUCAGUUAUACGAGCAGCUAGGAGCUGGGGACGAGAUCCUCUUCUUGUCAGGGCUAAGAGUGUAGGACCUCUUGAUUCAAUUUCUGUUCCACAACCUACCUCUUUUGCAUCCAGUUCUGAUGUUACCUCGAGCUCAGGCUCAACAACUCAAGGAGUAGCUGAUAGCUUACCGCCUGCCUUAAAACAUUACUACUGUGUUUCCAAGGUUCAACACAAAGUUGACAUGUUAAGGAGGUGUGUUCAUGCCUUGAAUGCAAAGACAGUGAUUGCUUUUAUGAACCACACCAAGCCUCUAAAGGAUGUUGUGUUUAAGCUUGAGGCUCGUGGGAUGAAGGCUGCUGAGCUGCAUGGUGAUCUCGGUAAACUUGCAAGAUCAACAACUCUAAAGAAAUUCAAGGAUGGUGAACUGAGAGUUUUGGUGACAAAUGAGUUGUCCGCAAGAGGACUUGAUGUACCUGAAUGCGAUCUUGUGGUGAAUUUGGAUCUUCCAACAGACUCAAUCCACUAUGCCCAUCGAGCAGGUCGAACUGGUCGACUUGGUCGAAAGGGAAGUGUGGUCACAAUAUGUGAAGAGCCUGAGGUUUUUGUUGUGAAAAAGUUGCGGAGGCAGCUUGGUGUAGAUGUCCAGCAGUGUGACCUUACAGAGGGUAAACUUAAUGUAUGCAAAGAGGAAGAAGUGGAGAAGUUAGCAGAGGCGAUGAGGAACACUUCAUAAUGAAGCAUUGCUUUCAAUACUCCGGGAGAUUUCACUCUCAUUAUAAAAUAAUUUUCAUCUUAUUGAAAAUUUCUUAUACAGAAUCACUUUUCAAUAAAGGAAGUAUUGCUUCAGUUUUCUGAGACUCUAGUCUAAUUUAAUAUUGGAGCACCGCUCCGUUGAUGAAGCAUGGCUUCAAGUUUUAUGAGAUUUUGGUCUCAUUCCAAAGAUAUUAUAUUCUUAUGGAAAUUUCCUAUAUAGGAGCAUCACUCUAUAUAUGAAAUAUGACUUGAAAUUUUAAUGAGAUUUUACACUCACUUUGUCAUAA